AUAGAUUCUUUGGGUGAUGAAGCAAAAACAUCAAUUUUUUUGCUACAGCCUACACAGUAUGCGGCUCGCUGUAUUGAAGAAGAAAAGAAAUUAGCAAAGUGAGGCAGUGAAUAAAUAAAAGAGAGAAAAUUUGUUCUGUUUUUUUCAUUUCACUGAAACAAUUAGUGAGUGUGACACAGUGUAGCGAUUAGAGAAGUCACUGCUCAUACAGUUUUUUCUUUUCUAUUUGGAUUAUUGCUUUUCUUUUUGCCUCUUCCACAGCUAGGUCUGUGAUGAGUUCUUUUUUGUCAUCAUAAUUCAUUGAUUCCUAUCCUUUUCUCAAUACCCUUUUUCAUAAUCUCCUCAAUUUUGCUGUUUAUUUAUGAGUGAUUGCUAUAAUUGGCUUUUGAUUAUUCUUGCUUUCUUUUGACACCUGAUCUGGGUUUCCUAUUACUUCCACUCCCCUUCUUUAUGGGAGCUUGUUGAUGAAAUCUGAGUCAAAAAGAGGGUAGUUUUGGUAUUUGAGAAAAGUUCAAGAUUGCAUUUUUCUAAAAUGCCUAUGUACCACCCUAAUAGUCAUAGAAGAGAGGGAAACAUGAAGCUUGAUGUGGGCAGUGGUGGGCAGGUGUUAGAUCUGGAAACAGCUGUUAAAGAUGGGAUUUUGGGCGGUAACGGUGGUGGUGGGUUGAUUUCAACUGUAGGUGUUGAGAAAUUGGAUCUGAAGAAGAUGAUUGAAGAGCUUGAAUCUAUAGAUGUGCCAUCUGUUUUUAUUUGUCCAAUCUCUCUGGACCCAAUGCAAGAACCGGUCACUCUUUGCACUGGCCAGACUUAUGAGAGAUCCAAUAUUCUCAAGUGGUUCUCUUUUGGCCACUAUACUUGCCCUACUACAAUGCAAGAGCUUUGGGAUGAUACUGUAACUCCCAACAAGACUUUGCAGCAGCUCAUUUAUAGCUGGUUCUCGCAAAAGUAUCUGGCUAUGAAGAAAAGAUCACAGGAUGUUCAGGGAAGGGCUAUUGAGCUUUUGGAAACCCUAAAAAAGGUUAAAGGCCAGGCUAGAGUUCAAGCUUUAAAAGAGCUGAGGCAGGUUGUCACUGCACAUUCUACAGCCAGGAAGGCCGUACUCGAUCACGGCGGAGUUGCCCUGCUUUCUAACUUAUUGGGUCCUUUCACAACUCAUGCUGUUGGCUCUGAGGCUAUUGGUAUUCUUGUGAAUUUGGAUCUUGAUUUGGCUUCUAAAGAGAAUUUGACGCAACCUGCGAAGAUUUCCUUGGUGGUAGAUAUGUUAAAUGAGGGUUCAAUUGAGACCAAGAUUAAUUGUACGAGAUUGAUUGAAAUGUUGAUGCAAGGGAAAGAUUUUGUGUCUGAAAAUGUGUCAAGCUUGAGUCUUUUGGUUGGUUUGUUGAGGUUAAUCAGAGAUAAGAGACAUCCAAAUGGAGUAGUUGCUGGACUCGGUCUGUUAAAGAGUCUUUCUUCACAUGAAUCCCUUAGGAACUCAGUCGUGAGCAUUGGAGCAAUUCCUCAAUUAGUGGAUCUACUUCCCCGUUUAAAUAAUGAGUGUUUGGAGUUAGCACUUCACAUUCUCGAGGUUCUUUCGACAACGGCAGAGGGAAGUAAUGCUUUAAAGGAUUAUGCUUUGACAAUACCAAAUGUGGUGAAAUUAUUGAUGAAAGUUUCAGAGAGCUGUACUGAGCUUGCGCUAUCGAUAUUGUGGACAGUUUGCAAGCUCGCGCCUGAAGAAUGUGCUGCACUUGCCGUGGAGGCGGGUUUGGCAGCAAAGCUACUUCUUGUAAUACAAAGUGGUUGUAAUCCUGUGCUGAAGCAGAGAUCAGCUGAGCUCCUGAAAUUGUGUAGUUUGAAUUACACGGCUGCCAUCUUCAUUUCCAAGUGUAAGCUUACAAGAACGAUACAAUGAAGUAAAAUUCUAGUUUGCUAAUCUAUUUUUUCCUUUGUCCAAUGAAUCAAAAUCGAAGUGCUACUGCCAUCUGUGUUUAUUUGUCCAAUCUCAUUGGAAACAAUGCAAGACCCGGUUACUCUUUGCUCUGGCCAAAUUUAUGAGAGACUCAACAUUCUCAAAUGAUUAAUGGUGGAGUUGGUUUCUGACUGAUAUGUUGGGUCCUUUUACUAGUCAUAUGCUUUAGGGACUGAUAUAAUUGGGAUUCUUGUGGCUUUGAACUGGAUGCUGCAUCCAUGGAGAAUUUGCUGCAACAAGCUAAUAUUUCUUUAAUAGUGGCAAUCUCCUAACAAUUUGGGGUCAAACUCGAGCUUUUAAGUUUCAGGCAUGUCAAAGGAUUCACGGCACUGCUGUGGAAUCUCCAAAAGCAAAUGGCAAUAUUGAAGGUGAAUCACUCGGAAGAUUUAAUGAAUUUUUCAUGUGGUCAAGCUGUAUAGGUUAACUAUCCAAGGCUGGCACCAACUGUGCAAGAUCUGAUUAUGAUAUAUUUAAUUAAUUGCUUAAUUAGGAUCCCCUUUGUUGAUGUGUUGCUAAUAAGCUUAGGAGCUCAACAGGCAACUGAAGUUGCAAUAAUUUUUGAUUUCUAAGGGUUGAUUGGGCUGGAAGCAAGCAAAUGACUAAUUUCAGUUUAAAGGGCGUUCUGUAGAAUCAGUUGUACAUGUUAUGUGACUUCAAUGUAAAAUCAUGCAUAAUCAACACCCACUUGUAUUGCAUAUUUGAUUAACUAUUUUUUGAAAAACUCUUUUCCAUAUGGAGAGCUUAUCAUAAUUUUAUUCAUUUUUUAA